AAUUCUGCGUGGUUACAUCACUUAAAGAAUCAUUUUUCACUGAUCCCAGUUGGUUGCUGAGUUAAACUUUUGCGGACAGAGAACAGGAUAGAAUGUUGACCUAACCAAACCUUGUAUGUGUAAAACUUGAACACUUCCUCGAAUUUCUUCACUUCAUACAUACAACGAAUAUUCAAAGAACUCUAACAGUAAAUGUGUCAAAACAUGUAACAUCACCGCCUCCUCUCACUCAUAGUUCUGGUAGUCUUUCGCAAGAUAUACUUCAAAAAUAUGUAAAAAUAAUAGUAUUCCAGAUGCUUACCAUUAUGCACCAAACAUAGAGAGUGGGUGUAAGAAUAAUUUACACUCAUAUAAAUAUGUAGACCACAAAAGUGUUGCUGGUCAUAGUGGGAUCUUUCACUACUCAUACAUAGUCUCCAAGAAGAUUCAUAAAGUCGAAAGAUGAAAUUCAGAAAGUUAUAUCAAGAUAGCUGUUCUAGAAGAAACGCAUUUUUAAACUUAACUUCUUGGUCUCUUCUUUGUUUGUGGAUUUCUUUGCCAUUAUUUGGAGCAAAAACAGAGAAUCUUUCGGAGCCAGAAGCUGAAAAAUGGACAGAAUGGAGCACGUGGUCUCCCUGUACGGUCACACGUGGAUACGGCGUUCAAGAUCGUCAACGAACGUGUGCAACUCACGUGAAAACAGCAGAUUAUGCAAUAAAGCGAGGCCGCUUAAGUAAUCACUUUGGCAGCAAAUGUCCACAAAAGACACAACAUCAAAGAAGGAUUUGUAGUCCAGACGAAUGUCACGAUACUCUGAAACUGCAGCGGUUCUGCCAACCUACUGUUUCAUUUCCCCACGGAAAAAUAAUGGGUGGCGUUAUACCUAUUCUUGGCGCAAUCUUGGGAUUUGCUUGUGAUGAAGGAUUUAAACUCACUGGGCCUGCUCGAGUAUACCGUCGGAAAUUUCCUGAUGGAAGUGUAGGAUGGAACGCUCCCUUUCCUGAAUGCUUUCCUAUUACAGAUGCAUCUGUGUCGUGUUCAUUCGAUGAAGAUUUGUGUGACCUGCAUCAGGUGAUGUACGACAAUUUUGACUGGACAAGACACAAAGGUCAGACUCCCACACGUAACACUGGUCCAAAGAUGGAUCACACGACAUAUAACUUACCAGGUGUGGUUCAAGGGUCAGGGUACUAUCUUUACAUCGAAACAUCUAAUCCCAGAAGAGCAUACCAAACAGCUAGACUAAUGACACCAUGGCUAACUGCCUCAAAAACAGGCUUUUGUUUAACAUUUUGGUAUCAUAUGUAUGGAAAAAGUGUGGGGACGCUGCAGGCGUUUUUACACAAGAGUGAAAAAAAUGGGGAGUUGGAAGAAACUAUGUUAUUCAAAGAAACCGGUAACCAUGGAGACAUUUGGCUUCAAUCAGUGAUAAACAUUCCUCUGAACAACACUGAAAUCAGAGUGGUGUUUGAAGGCGUAGUAGGAGACGAUGUUUUCGGUGAUAUUUCUCUAGACGACAUUAUUAUUGAAAGGAAUUUAUGUAUCGAACGAAGCUAUGGUAUAUGAGAAAAAAAAAGAGCCAUUAGCAAGAUACUUUUUUAUUGUAAACGCGGUUAUUUUUCAAGUUUUAGUCUUUGACUUUGUUACCACUGUGAAAGAAGUUUGAACAAGACUUCUUUAAUGAAUGCGCUACAGAAAUCAUAUAUCUUGCAAUCAAGUUCAAAUUAGGCUUAAUGUUUUUAAAUAAAUGACUACGAUGUUUCCAGCCAUGGUAACAAUAAGAAAAAGUGUUUUAAAUAAAUGUCUCACGAUAUU